CAGAAAGGGAAAAUAGGAAAGGAGAAGUGAGCCAUGUGGAACCCUGCUGGUUUUUCCACGCUUGAGGCCGACUGAGAGCGAGAGGGGGAGGUGUCUCGACCUGCAGGGAGAGCGUCAGUGGGAGUGUGUGUGUCUGUGUGUGUUUGGGGAGGCACCUUGUAUCUUGCAGAAAUUCACAGCUUCUUCCUCACUUCACCAGCCCCCCCCCUCCUCCUCCCCGCAUCAGAUAACACCAUUCUUGUAUCUCCGCUCUCAGUGACAUCACGGGAGUUUCCCUGCAGCGUGUGCUCACACGUAUAUAUAUACACCUCUCGGGGCGAGCACCACUUACAAACUUGUUCUGCAGAGGAACUCGAACUAAGAAACUCAGAGGUGGAUUGGAGCGCCUCUGCCGAGCCCGGAGAAACGUUUAUUCUUUCAGCCGUUCGGUUCGCUUCUCUGAGGACGCGGCGCGACUGGAGUCAUGGCGGUGUACAACCCGACGACAGAGGACCUGGAGAGCGGCCUGGGGGCGCGACCCCGGCUCACGGUGGUGCGGGAGGCGGCCAAGGGAGACUGGAAGUGGAAGCUGUGUGGCCUGCUGUCUCUGGUGGCCUUGUGCGCUGCCGCGGGGCUGCUGUUCUUUGCCUGGCGUGUGCAGAAUCAGGAGCAUCUGCAUGUAGAACGACCUGCCGAGAGGCACGAAGGGCAGCCUGAAGAGAGCGGUCACCACCACAUGCUGAAACAACUUGCGGGGAAGUCCACAUCUGCCAUACAUUUGGAAGGUGACUGGAAGCCAGAGCGCUACAGCGCGUCUAUUUGGUGGCGAGACAGUGUCGGACACUCCUUCACCCAGGGGGACCUGUCUUUGAAGGACAACCAAAUCGUCAUCAAUACGUCCGGCCUGUACUUCGUCUACAGCCAGGCCUCCUUCCGGGUCAAGUGCGACCCGAUGGACAGUGCCAGGGACCAGAUGUACAAUCACCUCUUCCACAACGUGUGGCGAUUUUCCGAGUCCUACGAUGACAAGAAGACCCUGCUGGGCACCAUCAAAACGGCCUGCGCCGACGCGAAGCCGGGCGCGGACAGCAGCGGCCGCAUCUUCAGCACCAUCUACCUGGGGGCCGUCUUCCAGCUCGAGAAGGAUGACCGACUGUGGACGGAGACCAACCAUCUGACCGACAUUGAGGUCGACGGAGGGAAGACUUUCUUUGGGGUUUUUGCCCUGUGAGAAGCAGACAGUCCCCUUGUAUGAUACAGAAAUAUUGAUGUAGAGAUAUAGAUAAGCGCGCGAAGAGCACGACGCGUGAAUUUUUAAGAACGAUCACGUCAUACAAGAGGAAGAAAGUAAGAGCUACAAGACAGGAAAAGAGAGACGAGAAAUAGGAUGAGAAACACAGGGGCAGAGACAGGAGGAACUGAGAUAUAAUUGCACACCGUGAUGUGCAUGACGUCAUAGUCAAUGUUUGACUGAGUUUUUGAACCAGCUGUUUUAUGAUAAAACACAAAUCAUGUCAAGGCUUAAAAGAGACUAACCGUAUAAGAGCAGUACAGCGAGAGCAGCAGAACACUGAGUGAGUAAACUGGAUCAGUUACAGGACUUAAUCCACUGUGUGAACCAUUGUAUUGUAUUGUUCUCUAAUGUAUUGUCCUUAACUGAAGCAAUGCGUGGCACCGCCGCUAUUUUAAAGUAUUCAGUGCUGCUUUCCAUCUAAGGUUUAAAUUUUUUGUCAUUUAUUAUGGAACUGUAAGACGUGCACAUGGUACGAUGUGUUUCACAUGGGAAAGCAUAACAUACAACUUCUUCUGGAAAGUAAGCUAUUUUAAUCAAUAUAUU